AUGAGUGAGAACAAUUCUGACGGAGGUCCAUUUCCACUGAAAAGAUUGCCAGAUGAGUUAUUACAGGAAGUGUUCUCACAUCUACCACAAGAGGAUAGAUUAACUGCAUGUCUUAUUGAUAAAAGAUCUAACAAAUUGGCAACCAAAUUGGUUUACAGAAGAAUAUAUUUAAACGAUUCUAACGUGGUGAGAAGUGAUUAUAUGAAUUUAGCCAUUAACUGGACCCUUUUAAAUAUACCAUCGUUUCUGUCCGAAGAUGACUCAAGAAAAAUCGCUAACUCCAAAUUAGUGAAACUCAUUUGGACCCUAAGUGUUAACCGAUUUCCCCUAAAUUGUGUUCAAUGGAUUAGGAUUAAUUGGGAUUUGGAUUCAGCUUUACAACGGACUAUUCUGGCCGUUCUUUGUUCCAAAGGUGAAGCUUUACAAAGGCUAGAAAAUGUUACGGAUCCGUCAUGUAAUGAUAUUAUUGCAUAUGGAGCUGUAUCGAAACAUAAGGUGACUAGUUUUGAUAUGGCACCACCAAAUUCAUUACCAGAGCUACCAGUACCCAGGGAUUAUAUCCCCAAUCUACAGAAAUACCUGAGACACAGAAUCUCUUCCAGGUUGUCACAUAUGACCCUCUUCAUGGACCCCAUUCAACUUUUCAACUAUCUACACCCCUUGGAACAGAAAUUACAAAUUGUAGAUCUAAAAUUGCAUUGGAGAAGAGAAUUUUAUGAUCCCAGAUGUUUUAUGCAUAGACUACGAAGCAGACCAUUAACGAAACUUUCCGAAGUGUUCGAUGUGCGUACCCUGAAAGUGUUAACCAUCAUCUCAUGGAGUGAAUCCCUUGUUCCCAGAGAAAUUGAAAUGGUCAGAGAUUUUAAAGAAUUCAUCUAUUUGGAAGAUUUGUCUUUGAUUUCGAUCAAGCAAAAUUUUGAAGUUCUGAUGACUUUCUUCUAUAAUUUCCCUCAUUUGAAAAGGUUAAAGAUGGAUUUCCUAGAAGAUUUCAUACCGGAAACAACAAAACCCGAGAUAUUUUUGACCAUUUUACUGGUUUGCAAGAAAUUGCAAUUUAUUGAUAUGAGAUUCGAAGGAAUGGAUUCUCAAAUAAUUUCGUUACAUGAAAACAGAUUUAUAUUAAAUCAAAAAUGUCACUGUAGUGGUUGUGUGCAUACUUUUGAAAAUAUUUUGAAAAAGAAAAUUUUCUUAUUCCCAGAGGAUAGAUUAUUAUAUGAUAUCCAUGACAUUACAGCUAAAGAUAUUUUUAAGAUGAUGAGAUAUUUAUCUUUGUUACCUUAUUCAAAGGCAUGCGAUUGCUAUCCGAGUGUCAGGACACAACCAAUGAAUUUGGAACAAUUUGUGAAAAAGAUGAAUCGAGAUCUUUUCUUCUAUCGUCAUAGCAGGCGUCAAUUGGUUCCUAAUGGUGAAUUGGAUGAUGAAGAAAUUAUAGAUAGUGAAUCCAUGUUGAGAAAGCUACCACAUGAUCCUUUGACUGAAGAAGAUGUGAUUAAGUGUUACCACGCCCUAAUCCAUCAUUAUAGAACUACUUACAUUUCUUUCCUCAAAGGUUUCCCAGAAUUGAGGUUUUUAAUGUUAAACGAUAUCCCUACAGUGGUUGUGGAGGAAGAUGGCGAAAGAGUCUUUCAACCCAUUUUCUUCCAUUGUGACUAUAAGACAAAUCUAACUGGUUGGUCUAAACUUCGUCACAAAAAACACAGGGGGAGUGAUGAUGUCAACGAUAGCGUUACGAGAAAGGCUACAGUUUUUUAA